AUUUUACAGAAGUCCAAACAGGGCAUUUUUCUAAUCCGGGCAGUUGAGCGGUCGGCAGCCGCCUCUAUAUUCCCUCAGGCUCACAUCGUUGUGAGACAAUUGGUUACAGAGCGCCAGCUGAGUUUGUCCGACCUGAUUUGGUUCCUUUGCACGCACCAACGACUCGAGUGAGGAAAUGACAAAAGCGACCACUGUGCUGCGCACAGCUCGCAGAGCAAUUGAGGACUCCGGUUUACUGAAAGCUUUGCAAUCAGAAAUCAACCAUGAGCUCUCUACCCCAAGAUCUUUUCAGAAUGAGGAACACGGUGGCUUGGGAGAUUUUGCAAUUGAAUGGGAUUCGUGUAACACCCAAGACGUUCUUCUGCAGAGGAGAUUUGAAUCUGGUGAGGAAGUAUCUGUUUCAGCUAUCCUGGGUGCUGAAACCCCUCGUGUAGAGUAUGAAGAUGUUAUGUUUCCCAGAGAGACCUUGCUUAAAGUAUGCAUGAAAAAGCCGGGGUUGAGUUCCAUCCUGCAGUUUGAUUGUCGAGCAUUCAGUGACAGUGGGGAAUCAAACUUUCAAAUUAAUAAUGCCCAUUACCUCAAAGAAGCAGCAGCAGCCCUGGAUAGUUCCGCUUACAGAGGCCCUUCUUUCAGUUCUUUGGACCCUCGACUGCAAAGCGAGUUCCUCCAGUACCUGCAAGCUAAGGGAAUUGAUGAAAAUCUGUUGAGCUUUCUCAUACUCCACCUCCACAAGAAGGAACAAGGUCAGUAUGUCAACUGGUUGCACAGGUUGCAAGCUAUGGCGGGACACAACUAAAUCAAUGAAACUGACCGAGUGUGAGGCAUCUUGAGCCUUUAUUUUGUUGUGCCUUUUUUGCAAAAAAAAAAUUAUGUACAUUCUGCUCAAAUGCCUAACUUGUGCCAUUUGAUGAUGAAUUUCUGGAGAGUUAUAAAGGGAAAGGAAUCAAUCAUGUUUUGGUUGAAUUGGAUAGGUUAAGUAAAUGAGAAGAAAUAUAACAACUAAAUAUUAUCACUCCCUCCGUUUCCCUAUUUUACUUUUUGUGGUUCAAGAUUUGUUACUUUGAUAAGUUAUAAUACUAAUUGGCCGUUUC